GGUUAAGCCCAACAAGUAGUUCGCUCUGUGUUAUCCAGUCGAGUGAGUCUGGCUGUCCAACUAUUGAAAAUGUUGCAUUUUACGAUAUUUAUAGCACUUCUACUGGUCGCAGUGGUCGCUCCGCUCACUGAGAGCCUGCCCACUGCUCUGGAUGAAUCCGGAUUGGUGGACGAGUGCCUGACCAUCAACAACAUCACCCAAGCAGAGUUUCAGGAACGCAUCGACAUGAGCAGCUCCGAGGAGGAGUUGGAAAAUUUGGAUAGGAAAUACAAAUGCUUUGCCCAUUGUCUGGCCACAAAGUCGGACAUUCUGGACAGUCAGGGGCAUGUGGAUGUGGCCAAAAUCGAUGAGAAGGAGCCCCUAACCGAUGAUCAUCGCCAGGCGCUCGAGAACUGCAAGCGGGCGCACGAUGAAGAGGCCGAUGCUGAUGUCUGUGAAUAUGCCUUCAACAUACUCCUCUGCAUAUCGGAUCAUCUGGAGGCAAGCGAUGCGUCAGAGUCAGAAUCAGAUUCAGAGUCGGACGCAGAGGCAGAGAGCAGUGGCAAUGAAUAAUGCAUCAACAGAAUAAUACAUAGAACUGGUUUUGAGCAACUCUUUGGAAUCUGAAAGUGUUUUUCUAUUCAAAUAUAGACUGAAUUCAGUUC